UGUUCCUCAAACACAGAUCCGUAGUGACUGCAAAAUAACAAUACAUUCUCUCAACUAUCCCUUUCCUCCCCGAAAUGUCUAAACUACAGCAGAUCAAUGUGUUUCUCAACGAAAAAUUAACAGCAGUUCCUUUGGAGAUAUCCGUGUUAGUUAAAAAAACGAUCGCAGAACACCAGGAAGAAAUCUCCCGUUUGAAACAGGCGAAUGCACGUUUACGAAGACUGCUGGAUUUGGUUUUCAAACCAGAGAUAAAGUUGCAUAGAUUAGCAGACCUCCAGCAGCUCACUCUCACUGAAGAGGAGGUUAACCCUGAGCAGCAGCACUGUGAGCAGGAAUGGAGCGCCAGUCUGGGGCCUCCGAUGUCUGAUGCCGAAGAGUCUAUAUGGAACUCUAUCAACAUCUUAACUGUAGAGAACCGGACAGAAUCUGAUGGCGAGAGCUACGGCGAGUCCGAAUCAACCAGUGACUAUGAGCCCCCCUCUGACAGUGACAACAGCGAAGACCUCCAGCAGCUCACUCUCACUGAAGAGGAGGUUAACCCUGAGCAGCAGCACUGUGAGCAGGAAUGGAGCGCCAGUCUGGGGCCUCCGGAGUCUGAUGCCGAAGAGUCUAUAUGGAACUCUAUCAACAUCAUAACUGUAGAGAACCGGACAGAAUCUGAUGGCGAGAGCUACAGCGAGUCCGAAUCAACCAGUGACUAUGAGCCCCCCUCUGACAGUGACAACAGUGAAAGUGAUAAUGUAAUAGUAAAUCUGGAGAAUAGAAUACGAUUGUCAGGGUUAAAGCCUCUUAAAUCAAAGAGAGGAAAAGGACGGCCAAUGAAAGAAUCCAGGGAGUUGCCUGAUCUGAAAUGUGAUGUUUGCGGAAAAUGCUUUGUGACAAGAGGUGGUCUACGAAUGCAUGGGAAAAAUAGGCACAGUGAAGAGAGACCAUACAUGUGUGACAUAUGUGGACAAGGUUUUGUCCUGAACUGCUACCUGAUCCGGCACAUGAAGACUCACACGGAGGAGGGACAACAUUGCUGUACCGUAUGUGGCAAAUGUUUCAAUCACAAGAAUAACCUGAAAAAUCAUAUGGGUACUCAUACAGGGCCGGCUUUUAAAUGUGAUUUGUGUGGAAAAUGCUUGACAACAAAAGGAAGUCUGAAACAGCAUCAGCAAAAUCACACUGGGGAGAAAUCGUAUCCGUGUAAAGAAUGUGACAAAUCCUUCAGCAUUAAGGGAAGCUUGAUAUUGCAUAUGAGGACUCAUACAGGGGAGAAACCAUUUCGAUGCAAAGAAUGUGGCAAAUGCUUCAGCGACAAGGGAACCCUUACAAAGCAUAUGAUGACUCACACAGAGGAGAAACCACAUCGUUGCAACGAAUGUGGCAAAUGCUUCAGUCUAAAGGGAAACCUGACAGUGCAUAUGAAGGUUCAUACAGGGGAGGGAGUUCAAUGUCAUUUGUGUGGAACUCACUUGAAGUUAGCAUCAAGUCUGAAGAGACAUCUGCGAACUCACAAAAUAAAUACACAAUGACUAAGAACAUGUAACAAUGCCCUUUGUGUAAAAUGUGUUAGAUGGAAGAGACUAUUAAGAGGACAUCCCACUGGGCACAUACAUCAGUUUGUCUAGUUUUGAUUUAAAUUAGGUUGAGUUGUUAACUAACAUGUAGGGCUUCCGUAAAUUCAACGUGAAAUCAACAAAACAUUUCACCAUUGGAUUUAGGUUGGGUGAGAAAAAUAAAUAAUAAUCUCCCCAAUUUUGUGAUAUCCAAUUAUGAUCUUGUCUCAUGCGUCCCCCAAAACGCCAAACCGUGCUUCUUAAAACCCGCCCGCUUAACCCGGAAGCACCAAUGUGUCAGAGGAAAUACCAUUC